GACACUUCAUCUUCCUGCAGUUUUGCCACUCCCACCCCCUCCUGUCCUGUGAACUCUUCAGUCUGUCAUCCCCUUUUCCCUGCCACCACUUCCAGUGUUGCGUCUGUUCACCAGUCCUCUGCCUCGGUUUUUUCCUUCUGCAGGGGGAGCAAGAAGGCACGCACAAAGGUGAAAGAAGUGCACCAUCGCUGCGAGAUGAUGAACAGAAGCUGGAACCGGAGUAUGCCGAAGAGAACAGCUGUUUCGGGCUGGAACUUGAUGCCCAGGAGAGACGUGAAGAGAAGUCACUGUCAGACUCAGAAAUAAAGAUGGAGAGUAUGAAACAGCGAGAACUUGGUAAAGUGUCACAGAUUAAAAUUCGGAGAACUCCCCCAAAACCAGCAAACAAUCUCACACCCAUGGGGCUGCCGAAACCGGUCCGGUUAAAGAAGAAAGAGUUCAGUUUGGAGGAGAUAUACACCAACAAGAACUUCCAUGAGCCACCUGACGGGCGCCUAGAAACUAUAUUUGAGGUGCCAAUCAGUGGGCGUGACGGAUCUGUGUCUGUAGCUAGCCUGCGAAGAAUAAAACGAUUUGUAGAAUUUCCAGAGGUAGGCAUGCCAAGAAAACCUAGGAAGCCUGUCAUUAGAAGCGGAGUUUCACGGAAAGCUGUUGAAAGCUCAAAUUUGGCUCGGAGCCGGCGAGGGGGAAGUGAUCGCACCAAAGAGAGCUGCAUUCUAACUUUACAGGAAAUUGAGGGAAUUCUUUGUUCCAAGCUGGAGCAGUUGGACACCUGGAUUGCGUUGGAUGAGGAUGUUUUGUCAGUCUGAAUUCCAAUCAGACCUCUACUGGAAGUUAUUUUUCAUACUACUAACCAGGAUAGCCAUACAUUUCUAUUGUUUGAAUGCUGUUUAGCAGAAUUUUCCUGAAACAGUUCUGAGGGUUAUAUAAACUUAGCCUGAUCUGUCAUAAGUAUUUUUAUUCUUUUUCUCAAUUUGUUUUUGUUAUUUUUGCAUUUCAGCAAUAUAAUAUAUAAUGUAUGUACAGCCACCUUAUUCUGGGGGUUUUGAACAUUCUGGACUAGUGGUCUUGGCUCUGGCUGUACUGAAGAGUUUAUGUACAGUAGAUUUGCUGGCCAAACAUUGUCUGUUUCACCAGUGGCUAUGCUCUGGACACUUUUGAAUUGAGCAACAUGUGGAUUCAAAUUAUGAAUAUGAAUGGAUCUGUUUCAGAGACAGUGAAUAUCAAAUACAGCGGAUGCCUGGAGGGCACAUCACAUGGGGUUUAACCAACAUCAAUUUUUACUUGGUGCAGUUCUGCAGUAUUCAACUUCUUUGUAUUGUCUGAACUGGAUUACGCUGUUGUGCAGUAAGGCGAUGAGGAGUGCAGAUUUCUUAUCAAUGUGGGAUUUUUACGAUGCCCCUCAGCACAUAUAUAUAUAUAUAUAUAUAUAUAUAUAUUAAAUAAAGUGCAGUCUUUAAAUAAUAAAACCUUUAUUUUGAGAAUUUCAUGAAAUAAACAUCUAAAAGUUGUGUAAAA